CUGAUGCCGCAGCAGAUCGGCAGUCCUGACCUGACCACGCCGCCACUCAAACACAGAGAGGGAAGGCAAGGACGCCCAAAAAUUCUCGAGGUUUUCGCCUCUAGCAGCGCACCAAGAACACCCGGAGCAGCUCGCCGUCGACGCGGAGAAGUUUUUUGCGUGCGUCAAACUCAGGCUGCCCUUCGUCUUCCCCUUCGCAGGAGCCAGGAGGCAAGGCGAUGGCGGAUGAGAAUCAGGCUGGAAAGAAAGAGGAGGAGGAAUUUAGCACAGGUCCUUUGUCUGUCCUAAUGAUGAGUGUUAAGAAUAACACCCAGGUGCUCAUCAAUUGCCGCAACAACAAGAAGCUACUUGGUCGUGUUCGCGCGUUUGAUCGCCACUGUAACAUGGUGCUCGAGAAUGUGCGGGAAAUGUGGACGGAGGUCCCCAAGACUGGCAAGGGCAAGAAGAAAGCUCUGCCUGUGAACAAGGACAGGUUCAUCAGCAAGAUGUUCCUCAGGGGCGACUCCGUCAUCAUCGUGCUGAGGAACCCAAAGUGAGGGUCCAACAAGGCACCUUGAAGCUGUGCCCUUGCUGUGGGCUUGGGAAAGCCAUGUCUCUGUUGAACGCUGUAGUUUAAUUAUGUUUUGGAGGAUUAAUUGGUAGUCUGGAACUAGCGCUCAUAUGGCAUGCAUGAGCACGCGUUUCAUGAGUUGUUAACUGGUGUAUGUACCAACUGCUGUAUUUUGAGCACGGAGUGUUGAGCUUGCGCUUC